AUGGGUACAGAAGAAAGUGAGCACAGUCUGCCGGUCAGCGACUCAAAGCUAGCACUACUACCAACGGCCGACGAUAACUAUUCGACAAGACUGAUCAAAACUUCGAUCAGCCAUGGGAUCCUAAAAUUUGGAGCGUUCGAGCUGAAAUCCGGCCGGAGCUCGCCAUACUUCUAUAACUCAGGUCUGUUCAAUACCGGUUUCCUACUCAACCUUCUCGGCUUGUCAUAUGCGUCGAAGAUAAUCGAGUUGAAGGAUCAGCUCGAGUUCGAUGUGAUUUUCGGGCCGGCGUACAAGGGCAUCCCAAUUGCCUCGAUCACGGCUGCCGAGCUCAACCGGCUGGAUCCGCUGAAGUAUCAUUCUCUCGGCUUCAGCUUCGACCGGAAGGAAGCCAAGACGCACGGCGAAGGCGGCACGAUCAUCGGCAGCCCACUCAAGGGGAAACGGGUACUCAUCGUCGACGAUGUUAUCACCGCGGGCACAGCAAUCAGACAAUCGAUCAAGACCAUCGAACAGCACGGCGGUCACUUUGUCGGCGUCCUCGUCAACCUCGACCGACAAGAAAAAUCCAACGACUCUGAGCUCAGCGCGAUCGAGAUCGUCGAGGCCGAGUUCAAGACUCAAGUCCACUCAAUCAUCAAGCUCAGUCAGAUCAUCGACCUGCUCAAGUCCAUUGACGGCUACCAGGACGAACUCUGUCAAAUGGAAAACUAUCGUAAACAGUGGGGCAUACAGCCCGCCAACAACUAA